AUGGCAGACUGUCGUGAUAACAAUCCUCUAUUUAUACUCGGCCUUGAAAGCCCUGAGCCGUUGGCAAAUUUGUACAGCAGAGGUUACUUCAGAGCAACGUGGAUCACAACAGCUUUAGAUGCUGGUUUCUGGACGGCGAUGAAGAUCAGGCGGAAAUGGUUAAGAGAUCUAGCUUCGAUAGUUUUCACCGUCCAUUAUCUGAUUGCCGCGGAACAAGCAGAUGAGAAGGUUCGAAAAGUGAGGGGCUUGCUUACAGUAGAGCAUAUUCGCGUCUCGUGGAACAAGACGACGACUCCCUAUCUAAGAGCCUUGUCGGGCCUCCUCCGACCCAGGUUUACUCGAUACUCCCCACGAGCGAUUCGUAUACCUCGGCCAGCAGAAUCUUCCUACAAGGAGCCCAUAGAAGCAUGGCUUUACUUCGAUGGUCCUCUGGCUUCGUUGAAGAAUCAUACCAAGAUUGUGCUGGAUAUACCAGGCGGUGGAUUUGUUGCAAUGAGCCCAAGGCAUCAUGAAGAUAAGCUUCUCGCUUGGUCGGGCAAGACAGGUCUACCCGUCGUCAGCUUAGACUACAAGAAGGCACCUGAGCAUCCUUAUCCCUUCUCUUUGAACGAGUGCUACGACGCCUACCAGUCUCUGAUUGAAUCUCGUGGACGUUGUAUUGGCUUAUCUGGCGGCAGUGUCCCUCGCAUUGUCCUCACUGGGGACAGUGCUGGUGGUAACUUUGCUGUUGGAACCACUCUAAUGAUUCUCCAAGCGAAUGGCAAAGGCAGCCAAAUGUGGCAUUCAUCCCAGAAUUCCCUGCCAUUACCAGAAGGUCUCGUGUUGAUCUACCCUGGGCUGGAUAUGAACAUCGGUAGCUGGAUGGGUGACGAUGAAAUGUCUCUCAUGCAGGACCAGCGCAUGCGCAAGAUCAAUCGGAACGUCAUGAAAAAGAAGAGUGAAGAUUACUACAAACUAGCCAAGACUCCUCAUCCGUCUGACAAUGAGAUGGAUGGAGAAGCGAACAUGUACACCAAGCCUCCGCUAGCACCCGCGACAGCAACAGAAGGUACCGUCAUAAAUGCCAAGGACGAUAUCUCUACCUCGAAACCGAAAAUUCUUAAGACCCGCCUUGCGAUGUCUUCAAUGAUCUCCUACUUCAAUGACCGUGUUCUCACCCCGGAGAUGAUGCGUGCAAUGAUCAUCCUAUACAUUGGCCCACGUACCCGCCCUGACUUUGCUACUGAUUACCUGCUGUCUCCAAUCUUGGCCCCUGAGUCUCUCCUCGCCAAGUUUCCGAAGACUUUCUUGUUGACAGGUGAGCGGGAUCCACUCGUCGACGACACAGUGAUAUUCGCUGGUCGCUUACGACAAGCUAAGCAUAACGACUUCAAUCAGCGGAAGGAGCUUGGCUUGUUCAAGUCUCGUGAUGAGUUCGACGAGAAAGAUCAUGUUGAGGUGUCACUCCUUCCUGGUAUCUCGCACGGCUUCUUGCAAUUUGUGUCUAUAUUCCCCGAGGCCUGGAAACACCUGUUCCGCUGUGCGAGAUGGAUAGAGGAGAUUUUCGACAGUAACGAACCCUCGUCUACUCCUUCUCCUCUUCUCGAGCGCAAAGGCUCCUACGGUAUGGGCAACGGAGAUGCAAGCCAGCACACACGACACCACCAUAGAAUGGCUACCGAGAGUUCGGGAGAUGAGGACAAUCCGUUGAUGAUGAGCUCAUCCAGAGAGCCGGAGCCCGCGCCCCGAUCCUCUCGCAGAGGCAGAGGAAGGAGGACCCGCCACUCUAAUGAGUAUGGAAGAAACAAGAGUAUGGUGUCUCUUGGUAGUGAGACUGAUUUGAUGGCUCGGCGAAUGAAAGGCCUGACAGGAGGCUUGAUGGGCGCAUCCAAUGAUGGGACGACGACGCCUUGA